CCUGGGCUCCCGCAGCGCCGACGCCCGCCCGGGAUCCCCUCCGCGCUGCCCACCCGAGCGGAGCCCCCGGCCGCCGCGCCGCGCCCCGAUGCCCGCGCCCUGCAGGGCUGCCGGCUGAGGAAGACCCUCUGCGCACCCUCCUGCCCCCCUCGGGCUCUGACCAGCUUACGCUGACUCUGAGGCUCGGCACCGCUCUGCACAGACUUCACUUUCUCUCCAUCGGGGUCUCUCAUCCCCCCGCCCCCACCCAGGGAGCUGAAGAGUGGGUGUCCCGAGAACCAGAGCUAAAGCCCUCUGGGGCUUUCUAGCACAAGAGUGAAACUGGAACCGUCAGGGAACAUGAGUGACUUCUGGCACAAACUGGGCUGCUGUGUGGUAGAGAAACCCCAGCCGAAGAAGAAGAGGAGACGGAUCGAUCGGACCAUGAUCGGGGAACCAAUGAAUUUUGUCCACCUGACCCACAUUGGCUCUGGGGAGAUGGGGGCCGGAGACGGCCUUGCCAUGACAGGUGCUGUUCAGGAGCAGAUGAGAUCCAAGGGGAACCGAGACAGGCCAUGGAGCAAUUCUAGGGGCUUGUAACGCCCCCAGGGACGAUCAGGCUCUGCUGUCCGGAAGUCUCCACUCUGUCUAGCCCAGAAAAGAUGCCUCCUCCCACCAGAUUGCUCUUAGUCCCUGUGACCCCUGACCCCACCUUUCUCUGCCUGACAGUGCCUCGGAAGGCUGGGGGGGCUGGACUCCCUCCGUCCCUCUAGCUGGAGCCCCUCCUGGAGAUGGGGUCCAGGCAGUAGGACUGGCUGGCCAGAGAGCCUAGCAGAAGCCCUGGACACUCGGAUCUGAUAUGGGAAUGUGGGGAGACUGUUCCCUCCUCCUGAAUGAUGGUCAGGGUGCCGUCUGCUCUGAAUCCCUGGACUCCUCACCUGGGGUCGGUGGGUGGGGUCGGCCUUGCUGAGACGCUCCCUCCCCUCGUCCUCCCCUCCUGGAAAGACUGCGGCAAGUCGGGCGGGGCU